AUGUCUGAAAAUGCUUUUCCAAAGAUUCCUAAUUUAGAUCUUGCGAAUUAUAGAUUUAUUUUAAACAAUCCAAAAACCUCGGAAUUACAUGAUGAAGCGAGAACUAAUUUAUUUAAUGCUAUUGAGGAGAAUAAUAUGGCACCAUUUUACCAAUUGAUUACCGAAGAACUCAAGAUUCCAUUUGAUAAAUCUUUGUUUGCAAAAUACCAGGAAAAUAAUAAAGAAGAAUUGAAGAAAUUGGAUGAAAAACUUGAAGAUGCUGAAAACAAUUUAGGCGAGACAGAAAUUAGCGAUGCUUUAUUAGCUAAGGCUGAAUUCUUUGCAAAAAUUGGAGACAAGGAAAAAGCUAUUACAGCAUAUCGUAUCGCAUUAGAUAAAACAGCGGGAUUAGGUUCACGAAUUGAUAUAAUUUUUUGUUUUGUAAGGAUCGGAUUCUUUUUUAAUGACAAUGAUUUGAUCAGUCGUAAUAUCGAAAGGACCAAGAGUUUAAUAGAAGAAGGUGGCGACUGGGAUCGGCGUAAUCGACUUAAGGUGUAUGAAGCCAUUUACAGGUUAUCCAUACGCGAUUUUAAAACAGCUGCAAAUUUGUUCCUGGAUACUUUAUCGACGUUCAUGUCUACGGAAUUGAUGGAGUAUAAAGAUUUUGUUAAAUAUGCUGUUUUAGCUGGCGCGAUUUCCUUGAGCCGAGUUGAUUUGAAAAAGAAGGUAAUUGAUGCGCCAGAGGUAUUAGAAGUCUUACACGAAAUUUCGCACUUGGAAGAUUAUAUUACCUCACUUUACAAUUGCGAUUAUGCAAAAUUCUUCCGAGCACUUGCGGAUAUCGAAUUAGAUCACUUGCGCGUUUCAAGGUACUUAUUCUCACAUGUUAGAUAUUAUGUUCGAGAAAUGAGAAUCAUUGCAUAUGCGCAGCUUUUGGAGUCAUAUCGUUCACUUACUAUGGAUAGUAUGGCAAAUUCAUUUGGUGUUUCGGAGGAAUUCAUCGACAAUGAUGUAUCAAAGUUCAUAGCCGCUGGACGUCUCAACUGUGUAAUUGAUAAAGUGAAUGGAAUCGUUGAGACAAAUAGACCGGAUGCUAAGAAUGCGCAAUAUCAACAAAGCAUCAAACAAGGAGAUAUUUUAUUGACUCGUAUUCAAAAAUUAUCAAGAGUUAUUAAUGUAUAA